AUUGUAGUUUGAUGUUCGAAUGCUGCAGUGCAAAAUGCUUUUUUCUUUAUUUGUUUUUUCAAAUCCUUUCUAGUUGUUAAAUUUAACAUAUGUUUAAUAUAGAGCAAUGCAUGACGCAUUAUAAGAACGUUAAAUCGUUUUGUGGAAUAAUGUGCUCUUUUCAGUUAGCUAGCAAGCUAACUUUGGGUAUUUAAACAUUUACCGUGUUCGUUUUUAAUAUAAAGCGAAUUAAGAUUUAUUUUUUUAAACAGUAAGGCAUUGACCCGGACGGAAAGGAUUAACAACAAUACCCGAAAGCGUAAUACCCAAGAAUUUGUUUAAUUUUUACUCAGGCCUGUUCAUUUAUAUAGGUGUAGAUAGCUUGAUAACAUGUUAGCACACACGGUCGACAUGGGUAAAAAACAGGCCGCUAAAUCAAAGAAGGACGUCCAGGAGGUUGAGGAGUUUGUGGUCGAGAAAGUGAUGGACCAGCGAGUGGUCAAUGGGAAAGUAGAGUUUUUCCUCAAGUGGAAAGGCUUCACAGAUGCUGACAACACAUGGGAGCCUGAGGAGAAUUUGGACUGCCCUGAACUCAUUUCAGCCUUCCUGGAAUCUCAGAAAGGAGUGGUGGAGCAAACGGAUUCCAAUAAAAGAAAAACCUCCACUAGUGAACCAGAAACCGAGGAGAGCAAGGCCAAGAGAAAGAAAGAAAUGUCUGAGAAGCCCAGAGGGUUUGCAAGAAACCUCGAGCCAGAGCGUAUCAUUGGGGCAACUGAUAGCAGCGGUGAACUCAUGUUUCUCAUGAAGUGGAAGGACUCUGAUGAGGCAGACCUGGUGCCUGCGCGUGAGGCCAACACUCGCUGCCCACAGAUAGUCAUUGCCUUCUAUGAGGAAAGACUUACUUGGCAUUCUUGUCCUGAGGAUGAGCAGCAGUAGCACCCCGCAUCUUGAUUUAUGCUUUACUGUCUUCCACCUGUAAGGCGUACACUCUUGUUAGCUGAAGUAAGGGUAACCUGACGAUGGGGGAUAUUAUUUUACUGUUGCGGUUGGGCUGGAAGCUAUGUGCAUGACUGUAGAAAACCGAUGAAAGGAUGUAUAAGUGGGACAGUGGGUGUGUGGUUUUUUUUUUUUUUUUUUUUUUUUUU